AUGGCAGCGCCAUCUAACAAACCGACCUCGAUGGCCCAGUCAUCCACCCCACCUGCCGCGCCGACAGCGUCUGCCAUCCUCGAGAAGACUCACCCAGGCGUGCGCCGUUCCACCCCAGACUCGGAUGCAUUGGCUUCCUCUGACGAUGAUGGAGACCAUGGCGCACAAGCCCAGAACAUUAUCCCACCUACCACCAGGCCACCAGUUCGUCGCACCUCGUGGUUGAAUGAAGUUCCGCUUUCCGCUCAGCGUAAACAUUCGCUGCCUGGAGGUCCCCUUUCUUCCGCCCCGUCUAACCCUACAAGCCCCGCUAGUGAUCAGGCACCAUGGGCGACAACUACAAGCCCAAGUCUUGCCGGAUCUUUCAAUUGGAAUCAAGCCGGAGGAAGUCCAUUUUCCUGGGGCACAGGCACAGGCAUCUGGAACACUGAAUCACGCAAGGAACCCCCUUCUCGCUUGGCAGAAAUGGUACCCUCUCCGACCAUGACCAACCCACCUCCUUCGGGCGGCAACGUGUCAGACGAAAUGUUGAGCCCAAUCACCCGUACCAUCUCCGGUGAAUCCGCCAUCCCUUUCUCCAUCCCGUUACAACCAACUCUCAAAACCUAUCGCUCUCAGUCAUACUCUGUUGGUCAGAUGGAUCCAGAGUUCCUCAGCCUCAAUACUAGCAAGGCCGGUGCAGCUCCUACUGCCGGUGCGCAAUACCCAGGAAGUCGCUCCCGUGGUCCAGGUCAGAUGUCUGCUGUCCAGCCUCGAGCAUCACGCCCUAGUAUGCUCGGUGAAUUAGGGCAUGAUACUGCAAUGCUGGGUCGGGUCCGCGAGGACGAUGAUGGCGACGAGAGCCUUAACGGGUCGGAAAGCGACAGGAGCUAUUCAGCGAGCCAGGCUCGGCAGAUCGAACAGCUAGCGCGCGAGAACGCACUCUUACGGCAAGCAGCUGCGGCAGGUCAAAUGGAUAACAGAUACCGUGAGCGAGCUGGAUCAGCUGCAUCAAUCGGUGGUGGUCAUUCGCUACAUCGCAUCCGAGGCGGUGUUCUAGAGGGAGAUUUGGCUGGAGAGGAUCCGGGGGAACUGCGCGAUAUUACCGGAUACAACAACUUGCGUGGUAAUUCUCGUCGCCGCUUCUCUGAGCAUUUAGCGCACCCGGAAGCGCAAUUCUCGUCCUUCGCCUCCCCGCUGGAGAAUCGUGCUCUAGAGACAAUUCGCCGACACUCUUUCGCCGAGAUACCGAUGCGUCACGGCUCAAUCGGUCCUGACUCGCACACGACUGCUACUCCUCGCGCAGCUAUGGGAGACCGUGAUGAUGGCUAUGGUAACCUUAGUGACUAUUCGAACCAACCUUACUACUCCCGUGAGCAGACCUUGCGCGGAGAUGGCUCCUCGGGUAUCCCGCCAUCUCUCAGCCAGUAUGCCAUGUCGAAUGCGUACGGUCGUCAACCAUCCGCAUUGUCCCAUGCUCAUCAAAAUCAGCUUUUGUACAUUGUCGCCUUCAAGUGCAGCCGCGCAGACGUUUUCUACAUUCAAGAAGAUACCGGUCUACAGGUCAAGAAUGGUGAUCUAGUCAUUGUGGAGGCGGACCGGGGAACAGAUCUGGGCACCGUCAUCCAUGCGAACAUAUCGCUCCAACAGGCACGGGAGUUAAAGCAACAUUACGCGGAAGAGCACUACAAGACCCUCAUGCUUUUCUCUAGACACGGCCAGCCUGAGGGCUCCACCCUAACCAACCCCAACACGGGCUUGAACACUCGAAGUGCCACAGGUGGCAUGGGUCCUCACGGUCCUCAUAGUGCGCAGGAACCCGCGACAGACAUCAAACCUAAGCUCAUCAAGCGGUUGGCACAGCAACAUGAGGUCCUAACAUUGCACGAUAAGGAAGGAAAUGAAGCCAAAGCCAAGCGGGUCUGCCAGCAGAAAGUGGUCGAGCAUCGGCUUAAUAUGGAGAUCCUCGACGCCGAGUUCCAAAUGGACUGGAAAAAGCUUACCUUCUACUACUUUGCUGAUUCGUACAUCAACUUCAACUCGCUGGUGACCGACUUAUUCAAGAUCUACAAGACCCGCAUCUGGAUGUCAGCUAUCAACCCGGCCUCGUUUGUCACACCCCCUACGACUGGUCUGUCAGGUCCUGGCACUAUGCCCAACCCCCUUUAUGGCCAGGACGCAGACCGUCGCCACCAACUUGAGAAUAGAUCCUAUGGCGGAGCGCGAGAUGCUGUCGACACAGGUCGGGAGAUGCCAAACCCCGUUGGCAUGCUUCGCACAUCCUACGGAGAGUCCUACCAGCCCUUUUCUCAGCCUUCCCGUCACUCAGAAGGACCUGCUCAUUCGGAUGUCUUUGCCCCACAGGCUUCCAGCUUUGGUCCUGCAGAUUCAUUCGAGUAUCCCGGCAACAUCGGCGCCUCCAAUGGUUCGUCCCGUGUGCACCCAGCGCAGGGCGAAUGGCUCAACCGGUUCCAGGGCCUAUCGCUCAACUCCUAA